AGUUAGUACCGCUCAUAUUCACCUCUAUUAAAGCAUUUUUUAAUUAUAACACACUCUCACAUUUUUGUAAAAUGACAACGGCAACCGAAGUUCAGAGCAACAUUGUGCGUGUGGGUCUUCAGAAGGCCAACACCAUCUCAGCGGAGCAGGCAAAGCUUCGCCUGCACGAAGGCGCUGGUGAAAUCACCAUCACUGCACUGGACCUGGCCAUCAGUUCCGCCGUUAUCGUGGCGCAGAUGCUUUGUGAUCAAAAAAUGGUGAAAAUCACAAAGAUCUAUACGCUCCGCGGACCACUUAACGCGGAGGAAAAGAAGAGCCGUGUGUGCGACCAGAUCGAAAUUAAGGUUGUCAAGACACCUGAAUUUGACGAGAUUUACGCGGAACAGACGAAGGUGCGCGCGGAGCGCAAAGCUGCCCGCGAAGCAGAGGCCGCCGCCGCUGAGGGCAGCGACGAGAAGGAGCCGCAGGAAUAA